AUGCUACGAGCUCGACAGUGUCUUCAGGUGGCCAAGCCGGCUUCCACUCGAUGGUUUUCGGCGUCCAGUGCGCUGGGCAAAAAAGACCAGACCCCCAUGCAGGUCUUCAUGGACACGUUCAAGAAGGAGUGGGGCAAGUCCAAGGAGCUCCAGGACAACAUCAAGGCGCUGAACGACGAGACUGGCCGAAUGGCCGAGAGUGAGACCUUCAAGCGGGCCAAGGCCGCGUAUGCCAAUGCGCAGAAGGGUUCAUCUGCCACGUCCAAGCAGCUCAAGAAGGCCGCCGGAGCGGUUGGAUCUGCUGCUGGAGCGGCGUGGAACUCGCCCGUUGGCCAGGCCACCCGAAAGGGAAUCAACGUCACCGCCGACACGCUGGACAAGGCUGCCGAGCCCAUUCGAAAGACUAAGGCGUACAAGGACAUCAAGGACGUGAUUGACGACGGAUCGUCGAUCCGAUAUGGAGGUUUCGAGGACAAGGGCAGCCGACGAUCUCGACGUAUGGCCGAGCAGCAGGCCCGAAUCGAGGAGGAGCUGCGAACCGGCGUCAAGACCGGCCCCGUCAUGCCCAACGAGGAGGCUGGCAGUGAUCUGGUGGUCCAUGCCACCGCCCGGGCCUCCAACCGGCGAAUGCCCAAGUUUGACGAAAACUCCGUCAUUGGCAAGACUGGAAAGGGCGUGGCCUCGUGGUGGGAGGAGUCCGACAACGGAUUCAUCGCCACCCUGCGAGCCGUGACUUCCAAGGUGGGCCGACUGUUUGACGAGACCGAGGCUGGCAAGGUGAUCCGAAUGUUCAAGCUCAUGGACCCGUCGUUUAACCAGGACCAGUUCAUGAAGACUACCCGAGAGUACAUCAUUCCCGAAGUGCUGGAGGCGUGGGUUACCGGCGACGGCGAGACCCUCAAAAUGUGGCUCAGUGAGGCCCCCUACAACAUUUGGGCCACCCAGACCAAGCAGUACACCGAGCAGGGUCUUUUCGCUGACGGCAAGAUUCUUGACAUUCGAGGAGUCGAUAUCAUGUCCGCCAAGGUGCUGCCACCGUCCGACGUGCCUGUCUACGUCAUCUCCUGCCGAGCUCAGGAGGUGCAUCUGUACCGAAAGGCCAAGACCGGCGAGCUGGCUGCUGGAACCGAAGACAACAUCCAGCAGUCCACCUACGUCAUGGUGCUGACCCGAGUGCCUGAGGACAUGGGCAAUCCCGAGACGGGCGGAUGGAAGAUUUUGGAAAUGGUCCGGGGAGCCUCUCGAUCGUGGACUUAG